AUGGACCCGCAGGGUUGGACAGACGGCGGUGCGAUUUCUGCCCCUGAUCUUAUGGUGCCCAGAGAACUAACAACACCAGACUGGAUUGGAGCAGGCUAUGGCGACAAAGUGGAUACCUUCGACCGUGCCAGCCGCAGAGGUGACACAUCUCCCCAGACCAACAAUUCGGGCCCACACAAGCAGCCAACGCUCCGACAACCGGACAAUCACCCGUGCCGCUUCUGUCCUCACUCAAGCUCUUCCGCACAGGAUGUCACCAUCCACGAGAGGACUCACACUGGCGAGAGACCCUUCAGUUGUGGUGCCUGCGAAAAAACGUUCACGCAUAAGGGUAACUUGAAGGCUCAUGUUAGAACUCACACCGGAGAGAAGCCGUUCAAAUGCAACACGUGCAGCAGGGCAUUUACUCAGAAAGGCAGUUUGGCGAACCAUGAGAGGACUCACACCGGAGAGAAGCCGUUCAAGUGCGAGACCUGCAGUAGAGCAUUUGCGUCUGAUAACGGUUUAAGCAAUCAUCGAAAGAUACAUCGCAAGUGAUCGAAACCCUCACGCGCAUCAUAGUUGUGAAAGGUGUUUAAACGAAAUACUCGAGCGCCGACAUGUGUUCAUAUCGUUUGGCGAUAGACCUGCAAGGGUUUUACUUGCGAGCAGUGUGUGUUUCGCAUGGUUCAAAAUGUUCCCUCCUCUUACUCAUCGC